AUGGAUCAACGAAGAAAUUGUGCUACUACUAGGUCAUUGCCUGGAAGUGACGCGUUGUAUGGCUCGAGUACAGUAAGAAGUGAGCAAGAUCCGCUGCAUUGUCGCCCGAAUCUAGUGUUAAAUGAGCAAGGGCCACUGCACUCUUAUGGACGGAGGCGGCUAAAGAAGUUAGUUUAUAAAAGCAAGAUCAGGUUUGACACUUGGAACGUUGGCACACUGUAUGGUAAAUCAAGGGAGGUGAUGGAAGUAAUGGGCAAAAGGAAGAUUAAUAUUUUGUGCCUACAAGAAACUAAAUACAUUGGAGAGAAGGCCUUCGAAUUUACUAAUGGAUUUAAACUUUGGUAUACGGGAAAGGUAGGCACAAGGAAUGGAGCUGGUAUUAUCAUUGAUAAUGAAUGGAAAUAG